GUGGUGCAUCUUCGAAAUCGCUGCCUUUCUGCACAGCCGCAGUCCCGGUUGCAAGGCAGACCUUCAGAUCGUUCCUCCGUUGUUGGGGCCGGCGCUUCUGGGAUGUGAAGUGCUGUUCGGCAUAUCACUCUUUAUAUACAGCUACAUAGAAUCCGCCUUGUCCGCUUCAGAAGAUGGAAUACUCGUGGGAGAAGUCUAUGUGGUGGUCUCAUCCGUUCACGUCCUGCUAUUCGUAAGCCUCGUGACACAUGCUUUGCGCGGAUACGGCCGCAACAUUGAUACUUUGCAAGGGCAGCUCCGUGGGUUCAAGGUUGAGCAUGCGAGAAGCGCUUGCUGCGACGGCGGCCAUAGAAGCAGUUCUGCUCGUCUCACUUGCGACCGAAAGGUCAUUCACACAUGCAUUUCAGCAUGGUUCAGCUCGCUGGACAGCUUUGAAAGGCAAGUGCAAACUGACGUGCGGCUGGCCAUUAUCGAUCAGCUUGCAUAUCAAGCCGUCUCUUAUCAACGUAUCGUGCUUCUUUCCACUCCGUAUGUUUGGCUUCGUUUUCAUUAUGCAGCUAGCCACGCAGACGAUCCCAUCCGACAGGUAGUCGACAUGGCCCAGACGUUCACUUACUUGCUGGCAAUCUUCCCUUUGGUUGACAAACUGGGCGUCCGCCUGUGCUACCGUUGGCGAGCGCGAUGUUGCUGGCUCUACUUGGAUUUCGUGCUAUCGGUGGCCAUCGUGAUCGUGGGUUUGUCGUUCUACAUCGCUUGUUACACGAUCCAACUCUACGUCUUCCGUCAAAACGACCGGGGACUUCUCCUGAGUGUGAUCUCAAUGCUUUCAUGGUGGACGGUCGUGGCCAUCCUGCGAUCACUACAAGAGGUCACCAGUGCCAUGGCGCAGAGCUCGGAGACAGUUCUGGGCAAGCCAGCGGCGAUUGCUGUAGAGGUUAUGCCCGCAGCGUUGACACGCUGCAAGAGCAACUUCGUGAUUUCAAGAUCGAGCAUGCCAGAAGCGCUUGCUGCGACCACGGCCGUCAUCGAUCAGCUGGCGUACAAGACCUUCUCUUAUCAGCGCGCCUUGCAAGUGUUUACUCCGUAUGUCUGGAUACGUCUUGGGUAUACAGCUAGCAACGCAGACGAUCCCAGCCGACAGGUAGUCGAUCUAGUCCAGACGCUCGCCUAUUUCCUGGCGAUCAUCCCCAUGUCGGACAAACUGGCCUUCGACUUGUGCUACCGCUGGCGAGCGCGAUGUUGCAAGCCAUACUUGGACUUCUUGCUAUCGCUGGCCGUCUUGAUCGUGGGUUUGUCGUUCUACAUCGCUUGUUGA